ACAAGCACAUCGAGGGCUGUGACAGACAGAGGCACGGAGGCACCGGCAGUCCAAGGUCACGAUGGAUAGAAGACCGUGUAGUUUUCAGACACUCUGCAGUAGAUUGAGUUUUGUACUCCUCUUCAUGAUGAUGGUCGGUCCGCAUGGCGUUCACGCGCAACACGGGAGAUCAAAGUUCAAGAGCUCGCCGUGUCGGAUAUUCGGCGUGUUCCACGUGGAGGCAGUGGCAGGGAUGAACUGGUUUUCGUUUGAGGACGCAGAGGCUGCGUGUGUGAGCCUGGGGGCUUCCCUGGUCACUAAAGACGAGCUGGUGAGGGCAAUGAAAGAAGGACACUUCGAGGCGUGCAGAUAUGGAUGGGUCAAGGAAAAGGAGGUGUACCUGCCUCGUGUAACGAUGCAUAGAAAAUGCGGACGCAGUGUUCUGGGAUUGAUACAAUCAGGCUUCACAUCUGGAAAAAAAUAUGAUGCUUUCUGCUUUGACCGAAAUGAAAAGAGAAAGAAUUCCUGCGAAAAAGACCGUAAAAGGCUCACCAUUACGACGGCGACAAGAACACCGACGAGAAGAUCACCUACCUCCCCACCACGCACGUCUGCAGACCGGCGCACCGACAGCACGGCAACAGCAAAGCCGGAGGCCAGCACACCAUCUCUGCAGCCCAACAAGACGAAUAAUUCCUCCGAAAAAGACAGCAAAACGCUCAACAUUACGACGGCGACAACAGCAUCGACGAGAAGAUCACCUACCUUCGCACCACGCACGUCUGCAGACCAGCGCACCGACAGCACGGCAACAGCAAAGCCGGAGGCCAGCACACCAUCUCUGCAGCCCAACCAGAUAAAUAAUUCCUCCGAAAAAGACAGCAAAACGCUCACCAUUACGACGGCGACAACAGCACUGACGAGAAGAUCACCUACCUCCCCACCACGCAUGUCUGCAGACCGGCGCACCGACAGCAUGGCAACAGCAAAGCCGGAGGCCAGCACACCAUCUCUGCAGCCCAACAAGACAAAUAAUUCCUCCAAAAAGGACAGCAAAACGCUCAACAUUACAACGGCGACAACAACACCGACGAGAAGUUCACCUACCUCCCCACCACGCACGUCUGCAGACCGGCACACCGACAGCACGGCAACAGCAAAGCCGGAGGCCAGCACACCAUCUCUGCAGCCCAAUUCAACGGUUAAUGCCUUGGCUAGCGGUGCCACAAACACAUUUUUUUCAACGUCGGCGCAAGCACACCUGGGUGACAGAGAAUUAUCCACGGGCAGCGAUCUUCGUUUGCAGAGUGCAAUGCCUUCUGUGGCAAGAGAUGCUGGUCCAGUCUCCGGGGACCGUGAGGCAUCAGGAGAUGCCCCUAGAGACGAUUCCCGUCCCUCCGAUGCGCACACCAAUGUUGAGAUGGCUGUCAGUACCACGCAGAGUCCACAAAGAGACACUCAGACCAGCCAAAGAAACCGCACUGAAUCAACAGUCGAUUCCUUGGCUCACGGUGCCACGAAUGCAAUUUGGACGUUGACGCAAGUGCACUUGGAUGACAGCGGAAGAUUGUCCACGAGCAGGGGUUUUCAUGUGCCGAGUGCAACUCCUUCCGUGGCGAGUGACGCUAACCCAUUCUCUGGGGACCUCGAGGCGUCCGGAGAUGCGUGGGAAAAUGGUUCAAGUUUCACCGACGUGCCGACUAAUGUUGAGAUGGCUGCCAGUUCCACGCAGAAUCUACAAACAGACACUUAUGCCAGUCAAGGACAUUUCACUGUGUUGGAUGCCGCGCUCGGCCACGGCAGCAGUGGGAGUGGUGCGCAGCUCCUGACGACCGAGGGGAUGAAGCUGGAACCCUCGAACACGCAGGAUUGGAAACAUCCCGUGCUGAUCAUUCUGAUUUUCGUCGCCGUCGUCAUCGCCACAGCCGCAUUUUGUGUCUUGAAAUGUCGAAGGAAGAAAAAGACAAAACGCUUUCCCGUGGAAACCUCCAUCCCCCUCUCGAUCAAAGUAAAGGUGAACGCGAAGGCGGUUGAUGGCGGGGAGUCGGAGAAGCAGUGCAUGGAUGGCGACGUGGUGGUCGAGGUGGUGGGAUGCAGAGGCGAGCACGCGAGUGCGUCUUACAAGGAAUACGUCAAGGGAUUCUGAAUGUGCAAGAGCUGAGCAGAAGAGCUUUUCCCUUGACCCUUGACCUACGCAGUACGUUGUUAACUCCCGUCGUCGCAUUAUCGUCGCCAUCCACAUUGUCAUCAUCAUCAUCGGCAAAAACUGAAGAUCUUUUCCCACCAAAAACGUCACUCAAUAUUGAAUAAUAAUUUUCAGGAGGUUCCUUCUUUACUCGUGCCAUUAGGUCAAAUUCUUAUCGAGUGUUAUGACCGCAUUUGUAAUUCAGUUGUACUGUAUUUAUAAGUUGUUGUUGUUUAUUUUUAAAUAUCCCCGCAAUUAAAAAAGAUACCGAAACUGGUUCCCCCAUUCACUUGAUGAACCCGAGCAGCACGCUGGUCACGUGACCUACUCUGGCUGCCGGCGAGUGGGGCAGAGCAACGGAGGGGCCGGGCACGACCCUUCACCGGCACGCCUCGAAGCAGAUCGAUCAAUGACAUCUCGUGUUAGCGUGCCACAGCCUCACCAACAACAACUCAUAAAAUAAUUAUUACUUUGCAUAAAUAUCUUUGUUACUUUUUUUUCUAAAUUUAUUUGUUGUAUUGCAUCCGACAAGACGUGUAGGUGAAUAAGAGACCGCGUGACAGAAUUCCGCAAGCCGUUCUUAGGCCAUAGAGUGCGAGAAUGUUGCAUGUUCUCAAAAAAUAUAUACGAACCUGAUCAUGAAAUUAAUUUCUGGUGUGCCCUCAUACGAUGAAGGUAGAAUUACCAGCCUCACAUUUCACGAGUCCUCCCGAGAUGUUGUGAACACAAUCACGCUUAUUGGUUUUGCAUUCUUUAUUAGGGUUCAGCAGAACCUUUCUAGCGAAUCUUAUUACCGUCUGUCUGUAUUAACAGGUCUGUAUUUUUACGAAUGCAAAAAUAAAUAUAUGCAAGCUGUUUCUCCA